UUGAUUAGACCCAGCCUGUCAUUCUCAUAAAGCCUUAACAAACUGCAAUUCCCAAUAUACCUUUCCUUAAAACCGCAAUCAACGGCCAAAACCAUAGAUAAAUCAACCCUAACAUGCAAAUCCAAUCUCAUGGUACAUGCUGAUGUGUCAAAAUAUUAUUGGCCAAAACUCAAAACCCUUAGCCACAAACUCUGAGUCAGCAUCCCGACAACCAAUAGCAAUCAAACACGUCACAAAACUUCAACAUUCAACCUCACUGAAUCACAAAAGAAGAAAAAGAGAAUCAAUUUGCCACCUUUUCUCUCUCUUUCACCUAGUGGGACUAUGGACACAAUCAUAACAAACUCGCUCUAGAAUUCUUGAUUUCUUAUAAUAACCUCAAGACUCCCCCAUGGAAGGGGUUCCAGGAACACCCGGGAUUCAGGAGGUGAGGCCCAAGUCUGGCUUCGAGAAUUUCGAGUUUUGCAACGAGACAUGUCUUGUGCCGGACGGGGACUCGAACUUGGGAAUAAGAAGGGUGAGUUUGAGGGCUGAGAUUGAUACCUCACCACCUUUCGGGUCCGUUAAGGAGGCUGUGACCAGGUUUGGUGGCAGCGGUCCUUGGGUGCCAUUAAACAAAUUUGGGGAGGCAUGUCAUGGAAUUGAAGAGUUUGACAUAAAAAAAGUGGAGGAACAAGCAGCAGAGCUGGAGAAGGAUCUGAUUGUGAAAGAAUUGGAGACCCUUGACGUGCUUGAAGAACUUGGAACUACAAAAAGGAUUGUGGAAGAGUUAAAAAGACAGUUGCAAAAUGAAGCUUUGAAAUGCAUGACCAGUACUCCAGAAUUGAAUUCAGAUGAGCAGAUGCCAGCUACAGGUAUCAAAGAAAUGAACAAGGACCAUUAUGAACAGAUCAGAAUUGGGAGUUCAAGCCCGUACUGCCCAGUUUCAUCUCCUGAUUUGAUCUUGAUGGAGUUGAAACAAGCAAAAUUGAACCUUGGUAAAACUAUCAAUAAUCUUGGGAUGAUUCAAACUUCUGUUGAGUCUCUAAAUAAGAAAAUGAAGAAAGAGAAAACUUUACUUGAAAAGACCCGUGAGAGGCUAACUUGUAAGUUUGCAGGGGUGGCAUAUCUAGAAGAGGAGCUAAAACGAGUGAGGGUGAAGCCACAGAUUGCCAACAAUGUGGAAGCAAAUCAUGGAAAUUCUGAGAAUUCUUCAACCAUUUUAAGGCAGCCUUUUCACAACAAUUCCAUGCCUGAGCAGUUUAAGAAAAUGGUUGAUCCUGCAAAAACUGAAAUUUCAAGAGGAUUGCCACUGCCAGGGAAUGAACAGAACAAGCCCUGCAUAAAAACUGCUGAAAUGAGGUGGGUUGCAGCCAAGAAGAUGGAGGAAGCAGCCAGAGCAGCAGAGGCUCUUGCUCUUAUUGAAAUGAAUGCCCUUACUGGAAUGAAGGGUUUGUCAAGCAAUGAGAACUCAUCAGAUUUUUCCUUGCCAGAGCCGGAGCCAUCUCCUCGAACCCCGCAAGCUCAAAGGGCAGAAGAGGUUUCAAACAGGAAAGUAAUUCAUGCAAUGCACAAAUUUGCUGAAGCAAGUCUCUCCAAAGUCACAAUCCUGAGGAAGUUGGAGGAAGCUUCAGAAGAAGUUAAACGUAGUAAAGAAGUGUUGGAAGAGGCUCUUACUAGAUUGGAAAUUGCAAAUAGAAAGCAACUUGAUGCUGAAGAGGUUCUUAGGAGAUGGAUUCCAGAGCAAGAACAGAAAAAAAGGGUAGUGUGCAAUGCCUCCAAGAUCAACAAUUUCCAUCCACCUCAUCCUCACCCUCAUCAUCAUCAGCACCAGCAUCAGCAUCUUCCACGAUCACCGCUAUAUGAUCUGAUGAACAAGCAAAACCCCACAGUGGAUGAUGAACCAAAGCCUGUUCUAAGGCCAACAGUGUCAAUGAGGGAUAUCUUGAGCAGCAAACAAGUUUCUCCUGGAGAAUGUGUUGUAAGAAGGCCUAAUGAAGGCCAUAGUACUGAAAGGCAAAAGGUAGCUUUGAGCCAAAUGCUUCAUGAACUAAGGGAAGAUCUGACAUUUCCACCAAAACCUGAUCAAGAAGAUCGUGGAGAUGAUCCAAAGCAGUAUUUCACGCAGAGGAGAAAGUUUGGGUUCAUCCAAAUAUCUCUUCCAUUAGCAAGGCAAAGCAAGAAGAAACCACAAACUUUAAACAAUGUGAUCCAAUAGGAUAAAUAGUUAUCUUUGGUUAUAAACUAACAUUUUCUAUUCAGUUUGCUUCAUUUGUUUGUGUCGUUUUUGGGUGAUUAAUUUUUAUGUUGUUGGCAUCUUUGAAUUUAUUUGUUUUGAAAUCUAUCUCUGCUGUAAAGGUGUUUCUAUAAUUUGUAUUCAUGUAUUCUGCAAUCAGCCCUGAAAUACUGAUGGGGUAGAAUCUCAUGUUAUCUCUAUCAAAGGCAUUGAAAAUGGUGAUGAAUUCUUUUACU